ACUGCGGGAAGGAGGGAGGGAGGCGCGGGGAGCCCGUCGGGGCUGGAGGAAGGGGCGAAGGGAGACACAUUCCUAUAGUAACCGGGAUGGCGCGAUGCAGCUCCAGCUGGUUGCUAAGAGGGUUAAACUGUAUCCAAACAGCUUUGGGGAAAUCCAGCCCCUUCUCCUGCCACAUGGAUCGACUCAUUGGGUGGGAGCGGCGGAGAGACAAGGGUCUCCAGCAAAUCAGCGCCUAAUUGAUUAAGGCGAGCUGGUUUGAAUAGAGCUGGCCAUGUGCCAAUCGCCUUUCAAAGAGCCCCUCUAUGAUUAAUCGCAAUGCAUUAUUGAUAAUCAUAAUUAUAGCAGGACACAUGCGCGCUGAUGUUUGAGCCAGCAUGUCGCGGAGGAAGCAGGCGAAGCCUCAGCAUUUCCAAUCCGAUCCCGAUCUGGCCUUGUUAUCCCAGCGAAAUGGAGACACAGAAAAGGGUCAAGCAAAUCGAACCACUAAGAACAAGGACGCCCAUGUCUGUGGCAGGUGCUGUGCUGAGUUCUUUGAAUUAUCAGAUCUCCUGCAACACAAGAAGAAUUGUACUAAAAAUCAAUUAGUUUUAAUUGUGAAUGAAAAUCCAGCUUCUCCUUCUGAAACCUUCCCUCCUAGUUCCCCUUCUGAUAAUCCUGAUGAACAGAUGAAUGACACAGUUAAUAACACAGAUCAAGUAGACUGCAGUGACCUUUCAGAGCAUAACAAACUUGACAGGGAAGAAUCCAUGGAUGUGGAGGCUUCCAGCAUUAACAAUAGCAGUAGCAGUUCCAAGAGUGUCAACAAUAGUAUUACAAGCAGUAACAGCUCCACAAUGGGUACCUCAGCUGUAACAACCUCUCUACCUCACAUAGGGGAUCUGACAACACUAGGCAACUUUUCAGUGAUAAAUAGUAAUGUAAUAAUUGAAAACCUGCAGAGUACUAAAGUGGCAGUAGCACAGUUCUCACAGGAGGCGAGAUGUAACGGGGCAUCGAGCACUAAACUCGCUGUCCCUGCCCUGAUGGAGCAACUGUUGGCAUUGCAGCAGCAGCAGAUCCAUCAGUUGCAACUGAUUGAACAAAUUCGUCACCAAAUAUUAUUGUUGGCUACCCAAAAUACAGACAUGCCAACAUCUUCUAGCCCUUCUCAAGGUACUUUACGAACAUCUGCCAACCCCUUGUCCACAUUAAGUUCCCAUUUAUCCCAGCAGCUGGCUGCAGCAGCUGGAUUAGCACAAAGCCUUGCUAGUCAAUCUGCCAGCAUCAGUGGUGUGAAACAGCUACCCCCUAUACAGCUACCUCAGAGCAACCCUGGCAACACUCUAAUUCCAUCCAAUAGUGGCUCUUCUCCAAAUAUUAACAUAUUGGCAGCAGCAGUUACAACACCGUCCUCAGAAAAAGUGGCUUCAACUAUUGGUGGCUCGCAGCUCACCAACCCACCAGUAUCAGCAUCAUCUUCACCAGCUUUUGCAAUAAGCAGUUUAUUAAGUCCUGCAUCUAAUCCACUUCUACCUCAGCCCACCCCUAGUAACUCUGUUUUCUCCAGUCCCUUGUCCAAUAUUGGAACACCUGCAGAGGAUUUAAACUCCUUGACUGCCUUGGCACAGCAAAGGAAAAGCAAGCCACCAAAUGUAACUGCAUUUGAAGCAAAAAGUAAUUCAGAUGAGGCAUUCUUUAAGCAUAAAUGCAGGUUCUGUGCUAAAGUGUUUGGGAGUGACAGUGCCUUGCAGAUUCAUUUGCGUUCUCACACUGGCGAGAGGCCAUUUAAAUGCAACAUAUGUGGAAACAGGUUCUCUACAAAGGGAAACUUAAAAGUCCACUUUCAGCGUCACAAAGAAAAAUACCCUCAUAUUCAAAUGAAUCCAUACCCAGUGCCAGAGCAUUUGGACAAUAUUCCUACAAGCACGGGUAUUCCUUAUGGGAUGUCUAUACCACCAGAGAAACCUGUCACGAGCUGGCUGGACAGCAAGCCAGUCCUCUCCACCCUCACAACUUCUGUUGGCCUGCCACUCCCACCAACAAUUCCAAGCUUGACCCCAUUCAUCAAAACUGAGGAGCCUCAGCCGAUUCCCAUUAGCCAUCCUUCUGCUAGCCCUCCCUGCUCUGUCAAGAGUGACUCGGGAACAGCUGAUCCCACAUCAAAAAUUUCCAAUGGACUUUCUGAUGAGGUAGAGGCUGGUGCAUUGCCUACCUCAAAUGGCAAAACGGAAGAAAACCCCCAAAAUACAAGCACCAUCACUAGCAUGAGCAGCUCCGUGAGCUCCCCGGCAGCAGACUCGGGCUCCAGCGGUGUCGCCACUUUUACAAAUCCACUGAUGCCUCUUAUGUCAGAGCAAUUCAAGGCAAAGUUUCCUUUUGGAGGACUAUUGGAUUCAACGCCAGCAUCUGAAACGUCAAAAUUGCAGCAACUCGUAGAAAACAUUGACAAGAAGGCAACUGAUCCUAACGAGUGCAUCAUUUGCCAUCGAGUUCUCAGUUGCCAGAGCGCACUGAAAAUGCAUUAUCGCACCCAUACUGGAGAGAGGCCAUUCAAAUGUAAAAUCUGUGGUCGUGCUUUCACUACUAAGGGCAACUUAAAGACUCACUACAGUGUCCAUCGUGCCAUGCCCCCGCUGAGAGUGCAACAUUCUUGCCCGAUCUGCCAGAAAAAAUUCACCAAUGCCGUUGUGCUACAGCAGCAUAUCCGAAUGCACAUGGGAGGGCAGAUCCCCAACACCCCAGUGACAGAAAACUAUCCUGAGUCAAUGGAAUCAGAUACGGGAUCUUUUGAUGAUAAAAAUUUUGAUGAUAUAGACAACUUCUCAGAUGAGAAUAUGGAAGACUGUCCUGACAGCAGCGUGCCAGAUACACCUAAAUCUGUGGAUGCAUCACAAGACAGCUUGUCUUCUUCCCCUCUGCCCCUGGAAAUGUCAAGUAUUGCUGCUUUGGAAAAUCAAAUGAAGAUGAUCAAUGCUGGCCUUGCUGAACAACUUCAGGCAAGCCUAAAGUCAGUAGAAAAUGGGUCAGUGGAAGGGGACGUUUUAACUAACGAUUCGUCGUCUGUUGGUGGUGAUAUGGAAAGCCAAAGUGCUGGAAGCCCUGCUGUCUCAGAGUCUACCUCUUCCAUGCAGGCCUUGUCCCCAUCCAACAGCACUAAUGAUUACCACAAGUCACCAAGUAUUGAAGAGAAACCAUUAAGAGCUUUACCAAGUGACUUUGCCAACGGUUUGUCUCCAACCCCUGCUAACAGUGGUGCUUUGGACUUGACGUCUAGUAACACUGAUAAAAUGAUUAAAGAAGAGUCCCUGAGUAUGCUCUUUCCUUUCAGAGAUAGAGGUAAAUUUAAAAAUACUGCAUGUGACAUUUGUGGCAAAACAUUUGCUUGUCAGAGUGCCUUGGACAUUCAUUACAGAAGUCAUACCAAAGAGAGACCAUUUAUUUGCACAGUUUGCAAUCGUGGCUUUUCCACAAAGGGUAAUUUGAAGCAGCAUAUGUUGACACAUCAAAUGCGAGAUCUACCAUCACAGCUUUUUGAGCCCAACUCCAGUAUCGGCCCCAAUCAGAACUCUUCGGUGAUGCCCGCUAAUGCACUGUCAUCGCUCAUAAAGACCGAGGUUAACGGCUUUGUGCAUGGCUCUCCUCAGGACAGCAAAGAAGCGCCCUCUGCUCUAGUUGCUUCGGGGCCCCUGUCCUCUGCCACGUCCCCUGUGCUGCUCCCUGCUCUCCCCAGAAGAACUCCAAAACAGCACUACUGCAACACAUGUGGGAAAACGUUUUCUUCUUCCAGUGCUCUACAGAUCCAUGAAAGGACGCACACUGGUGAGAAACCUUUUGCCUGCACUAUAUGUGGAAGAGCAUUCACAACAAAAGGCAAUCUGAAGGUUCACAUGGGCACUCACAUGUGGAACAGUACUCCUGCAAGACGAGGCAGACGACUUUCUGUAGACGGCCCCAUGACAUUUCUAGGAGGCAAUCCUGUAAAGUUCCCAGAAAUGUUUCAGAAGGAUUUGGCUGCGAGGUCAGGGAAUGGAGACCCGUCCAGCUUCUGGAACCAGUAUGCAGCUGCACUCUCCAAUGGCUUGGCCAUGAAGACCAACGAGAUCUCCGUCAUCCAGAAUGGGGGCAUCCCUCCAGCACCGGGGGGCCUGGGCAAUGGUGGCAGCUCUCCCAUCAGUGGCUUGACAGGAAGCCUGGAGAAGCUCCAGAAUUCAGAACCCAAUGCACCUCUAGCUGGUCUGGAGAAAAUGGCAAGCAAUGAAAAUGGAACUAACUUCCGUUUUACACGCUUUGUGGAAGACAACAAAGAAAUUGUAACAAAUUAGAAAAAAAAUCUCCGUAAAUAACAUUCCUGCAAAUAGUGCAACCUAGGGUUGUUUUUUUCAAGCUGCAGGCUACAACAUUACAAAGACUUUGUUUUGUACCAUGUUCUACUUCUAGAGUUCUAAGAGAGCUUAUUUAUUAGUGAUAUAACCUUGCUUUGCAAACAAAUGCAAGCAUUAACUUUGGUCUCCCGUAUUUUGAACUAAAUACUAAUCGACUAGAGUGCUGUAAACUUGCUGUAACAUUUAUGGCAGUUGCAAGUCUGUUCUGCUAGGUGAUCUUAUUCUGGCAUUAACUUAUUUUCUAUAUCCAGUUUAACACAAACUCUGGUAUUGAUGCGAUGCCUCAGUGAUACAUUAGAUCUCUAAUAAAAAUCUGUAUAUAAAUGUACACUUUGAUCCUGCUGGAAACUUUAUCAGCAAACACAUUGUCUAAUUUUUCCAGACAGAAUUAAGAAAAAGACUGAGAGAAUAUAGACUGAACAGUGUGGGUCCUUUACACAGCUCAGUUUUUGAUUUUUAUUAUAAAAUUAAAACUGCUUUAAUUUUUGUAGGUUUAACAUUUUCUGUUUUGAACUGUUAUUUGUAUUGUGCUUUUUACUUGAGUCGUCUUAAAUGUUAAUACAUUUCUGUACAGUAAUAAGCACGCGGAUUAUUAGAGAAGAUACUGAAGUGUUGUUUUGGUAGUUGAAACUGAGACGUAACAUUUUGCCUUGUAGGUAUAUCCAUUAUAGAAAAUGUGCUGGACUUUCACAAUGCUGCUAAGUAUGGCAUCUUGAACAACUUCCGUGGACAACUGUAGAUGCUCCUGUAUAUACAAUAAGACAUCACUUUCAUUAAAAUGUACAUACGUUCCUUACAAGACCAAGCCCUACUCCUUGACCAAGGGAACAAGUAUAGUGUUUGUUUAUUUUGUAUUAGUCAUUGGGGGGGACGGGGGGGAACCUUGGACUGUUACAUGCACUUUCUCGGAAAGUUGAAAGGAAAAGAAGUCCAGUUUCUUUAACAUUUAAUACUUACUAACAGCAGAGAUACUGUAAUUUUACUCGAGUAAUCAAAUACAUUUUUGCAACAGA